AUGAAUGCUCUGCCAGAGCAAGAGUAGGCAUGGGCUGAAAAUUAAGAGCCACUUGAAGAUGAUAAAAUGAAUCAAGUUUUGAGAUAUCUUGACAUUGAUGGGUUGAAUUUUAUUUCUCAAGAUGAAAUGCAAAGCUUUGAUGAGAAACCGGAUUUCAUGGUCUCCUCUUCACAUUUAAAGGAACUCUUUUCAGCACCGUACAAUAAGGAAAAAUCGAUAUCUCUCAAAGUACAGAAGUAAGGGGACAUACUGAAAAUCAAUAGAAUGAGUCCUAUAAAAGGGAAUUCAAAGGGUGCUUAAAAAUAUUUGCAAGACGAACCGGAAAUCAUUGAGAGAAUAGAAAACCUUCACAAUCAGCAGAUUUAGAGUGUUAGAAAUUAAAAGGCAAAUAAUAUAUGGAAUCAAACCUGGACUAAUAUUUCAUCUGACUCUUCUUCAAAUAAUGAUUUCAGAACAUAAUAAGAUAUUUGCAAGCCAAGUAAAUUUAGUGCAAAUACUCUGUAUUAGAAGAUGAUAGACAAGGGAGUAAUGAAAAAGGAUCACUUCUUUAGAAAAGACUUUGGCAGGGUCCUGCAACUAAAGAUUGGAAACUUUAAAAUGCUAAUUGGUUCAAAUCUUUUAAUCUUUUACAAAAGUAUGAACUACCCAAUCAGUCUAAGGAUUCUUCAAUAGGAAAAAAAGCUUAAUCCUCUUAGUUGCCUUGACAUCUGGCUUGAUAAUGUACUACAUAAUGUUGAUGAAAGUGCUAUUUGCUAUCAUAAAAAUGGGGUAGUUCAAGAAUAUAAACUUCUCAAAACUGAAGAUAUCCCAGAUAUUAAUAAUUAGAAAAGCUCAGAGAAAAAAGAAUAAAUUUUCGAUCCCAAAAUUGUCAAAGCAAAUGGUUUAAACAUCUUGAAUUUCCUGAAAGAGAACUGUCUAAAAGAAGGAGGAACUUACUGGAUCUUUAAAGAUUCAGAUCAAAAUCAAAUAUAACUAUAUGACCUUGGAAGUGAUGACAGUGAUGAAGAAAAGAAAGUCGAUGACCCUUAGGAAAUCCUAAACCCAUAAAACAGCCAAUUAGUCCUUAUGAAUGAUAUAAGCAGCCUCAAAGAAAAUUAGAAAUAAUCAUUUAUUCCAUAAGAUUAUCAAUAAUCCAGAAGAUAUGCAUAGAGUUUAGACUACAAUGACCCAGUUACAAGGCUUUAAAUAAUGGAUGAAAAGGAGAUAUUUAAUAAUGAAAAUGCAUUGGCUUAUCUUUACUUGAAUAAGGCGAUGAGUAUAACUGAGGAAGCAAAAGAUUCUUAGAGUAUCAAUUAGAUGAGAGAUUACUUGCUGUCUAAAUGCAAGUCUUCUCUAAAUUCUUCAAUUUAAAAAGGAAUAUUCUAUGAAUAAAUUGAAAAAAUGAAUGAAAAUAUUAGAGAUAAUUAAGAUUAAAAUUACCCAUCUCAGAGUGAUAUAGACAACUUAAGUUAUUUGAAUGAGAGUAAUCAUUCCCUUGCCUCUUAAAAGCAAAUUGAUAGUCUAAAUUAAAAAGAAUCUUUGAUAGAGAAAAGGCUCAUUAAGCUGAGAGACAUUUAGAAGAAGAUUGAUUUGCAAAACUAAAUAUAAAAUUAAUAGCCUUUAUCAACAAAAGAUUAUGAAUUUUCAAAAAAUCUUUGUCAUUUUCACAGAAGUGCAAAUAUGAAUAAUCAUAAUAGUGAAAUUGAAUAUUUCAAAUAGAUAUCUGAGAUUGAUCUAGAGGAUUUAAAGAAUCAGUAUCUUGAUAUGCUUCAAAAGCAAUUACAGUCCACUAAUCCUAAUGAUGUAAAGCUUAAGAUCGAAUGUUUGCACAUUCUAUAUCAUAUUCUGCUAAUAUAAUAGCAGCCAGAUAAUAAAUCUCUAGAUUAUUGCUUUCAAAUGUUGAAAGAAAUAGAUUUGAUGAAUGCAAGUAAAGAAUAAGGCAUUUGUUAAAAUGAUAUGGAUGUUGUUCUGAUUUAAAUUUGUGGCUAAUCUAUUAUUGGGUACUAAUACAUGAAGGCUGCGAGAUAAAGUUAUUAAGAUCAUGAUUAUCAAAUCUCACUCUAGAAGAAAUAUCUUGAAUAAACUAAGCAAGCAGAUGACUUGAACUAAUUGAGUCUGCUAAAAAUUUCAUCCUAGUGCUAUGAAAAAUGUCUUCAAAUUAAGGAGUAAAAUUCAAUUGUUUUGAAGGAAUAUCAAAAUCCAAAAAUAUUCAGCCAAAUAUCUGAAGAAUUAGGGUUAAUCUACUAUCAAAUUUGCAAGUAAAAUUAAACAACAACAAGAGAUGAGUUUCUUAGGCUGUUGCAGAAUACAUAGGAGAUCUUUACUAAAAAUAAAGAUCUUUAUAAAUUGGCUAGGAUAUUUAUUGAUCUAUUAGAAAAUGUGAAAUUUCAUUUUGCACUUAUUGAAUAAGUAAAAGAGAAAUAGCUAUUUGCUAAAGAAAUUUAAAAGGUUUUCAAAGGCCUUAAGAAAAAUCUUUGGCAAUAAAUGAAUGAUGAAGGCAAGAAAGAUUAAAAGUUGAUGAAUGCUCUUGAAAGUAGUUAGGCCAAGCUACUUUUAGCUUUUGGAUUGAUUGUAAAAAAUUAAGUUUCAGAGUUAGAUUAACAAAAUCAUUCUAUAGUUGAUAAUUACUUCGAAUAAUCUAUUAAGAAAUUGGAAAAAAUCUAAUCCACUUAAGAUGAAAACAAUAAUUAAGGUUCUAAUUUGCUUAUUGAUAUUGCUGCUGCAAACUUUCACAGAGGAAAGACUAUAAUACAGACACUUGAAAAUAAUAAAAUAUUGAAAUCAGAUGAGAAAAGACUUUUAAUUGCUAAAAAAUGCCUCAUCCAAAGUUCUUAAUUUUUUUCAUCAAUAGGAAAAUACAUCGAUAGUUUAAAUGGAUAGCUUUACAUUUUGACAGUUCUAAUAAAUCAAGUAUCAAAUGCUAAAUUAGCAAACGAGUUGAAUUAAACUGUACUUGAGGUUAGAGAAUUCCUAACCAUGUUGUAUAGAGACAUCCAGAGUCUGAGAAAAAUCAGGAAAAAUUUAAAGCAUGAUAUCAAUGAUAAGGAAACACUGUUGAGAACUUAAAAUAGCAUCGAUUAAUUGAUCAUAAAUACUUCAAAUUCAAUCACUACUCUCGUUGAAGUAAUAAUUGACUCUUCAUCUAAAUUUAAAAAUGAAGACUACAAGUCAUUGCAACAAAGACUGGUAGAAAUAUAAAAAUAUAUACAGAAGAAGCACUCAAUUGAGGAAGUCAUUUCUUUAUUGUUGAAUACAAUUUAAGCCAAAUGA